AACCAUCCCAAUCUGGGCCAGCAGAAAGAAUAAAUAGAGCAAAGCGCAUAUCAGAGCCAAUCCAGCGUUGGAGGAAGGAACGAAUGGAUUGGUCUCUUCUGUUCACCUGCGAUCAAGAUGUCGCACUUGCGAACGGCGGUGCCCACGAGGAAAACGCUCGAGGUUGGCUUCGCGCUUGUGAGCGCCUUGCUAUCUGAGCAUGUCAAUAGGAUUGUUAACGAGCCGUACAUGGAUGAGAUCUUCCACAUACCGCAAGCUCAGGCGUAUUGUCAUGGCAAAUGGGACACGUGGGAUCCGAAACUAACCACUCCUCCGGGCAUCUACCUGCUUUCCAAUUUACUUGCCCGAGGCCUUCAAUACAUACAUCUCCCCCUCACAUGCUUGAACCUCAACUUUCUUCGGAGCACAAACUUGGUGCUCUAUCUGAUCCUACCGCACCUGAUCGUAGCGAUCCGCCAAGCACUGCUUGAGAAGACCAAGCAACUGAGAAUGCAUCAUGGACGAGCUACAACUGCCAAAGCAAGAGGCGCAAGAAUUGGCAACACUCUUUCAGGGCAAUUACUGCAUCAUGUAGUCGAUGAGAUGCAGCGAAGCGAGCUUGUCAAGACCGUCUUGUCGACCGAAGCGCAUGCCAUCACAUCAUUUCCCCCAUUGUGGUUCUUCGCCUUUCUGUACUACACCGAUGUCGGAAGCUUCGUAGUCGUACUCGCGUCCUACUUUGCCUCUUUGAAAGAGAGACUGAUGGUAUCCGCCUUGUUCGCAUUGGUCUCACUGACAUUUCGUCAGACAAACGUCAUUUGGGUCGCAUUCAUUAUGUGGACAGUCCUUCUUCGCAGACUCAAGGAGUGCGGGCUGCACGACCCCCUUGCUGCGAAAGCCACACGCUCGAGUAUGCUGGAAGUCAUCAAAAGCGGAAUGCGCGUGUUCCGAAAGUCGAGUACAUGGCGUAGAGUCUCAGGCUCUUUCGUCUACCUGCCUGUCUUUGCCGCAUUCGCCCUCUUUCUCAAGAUCAACAAUGGGAUCGUACUCGGAGAUAAGACGAACCAUGUCGCUGGCCUGCACUUUCCACAGCUUUUCUACUUUACGGCCUCCUCCACAGUAUUUGCCUGGCCAUCUUUGCUUCGCGCAGGGCCGAUGCGCCUCGCGCGAUCAACGUUUCAGAGCUUGGUAGGAAGCAGGUCAGCCUUCUUCUCCACCAUUCUACUUCUAGUCACCAUUGCCGCUAGUGUGCGCUACUUUACAAUCUUCCAUCCGUUCGUACUAGCGGACAAUCGGCAUUAUCCAUUCUACAUCCGCAAACGAGUGCUCGACUGGCGUCCUUGGACCAGAUAUGCCGCCAUACCUACUUACUUGGUUUGUACCGUCAUGUGGUGGAACCAACUCGCGCAGACGCAGACCCUGCUUUGGCUCAUCGGCUUCAUCGCCAGCACAGCUCUCACGCUGGUCCCGUCGCCUCUCAUUGAGCCGCGAUACUUCCUUGUGCCAUAUGUGCUCAUGCGGCUCCAUAGUCCGCUUCCACCCGGGGAUGAGGGAGCCGAACCGCCUACACAAGAGGCCCACGGCAGAGGUUCCGAGUGGGCAGGGGAGAUGACGCAUUGGAUGCUCGCCAGCUUCAUUGAGCUCGCAUGCAACAUCCUCAUCCACGGUGUCACCAUGUACAUUUUCCUACAUAGACCCUUUCGCAGCCCUUUCGAGCCAGGUUUGCAGCGAUUCAUGUGGUAA